CCCGAAUCCUUUUUUUUCCACCCGCUCCGAUUUCGCGGCGCACGGACGCGGACGCACGGAUCUUCCACGGGUUCGCGCGCCAUGGGGGAGCCGCGCGCCCGCCGAGCCCGCGAUGAGAAGCUCACCCAGCCAAAGGAAGAUGAAAUCGAGAACCUGCUCGCGCGAGCAGAGGAUGUGACGCAGGACUUCGACCUCCAGGACUACGUCCGGCCGGGCAUCACUGAGGCCGAGAUCCGGGCGAUGAAAUCUUCCUUCGACCUCAUCGAUGCGGACGGCAAAGGCAAAGUCAACUUGGAGGACGCCAUCGACAGCCUAGAAAACCUGGGCUGGGACAGGCUCGAGCAAGAGCCUUUGAUGGUGGCCCUCCGCAGCUGCAAGCGCAAGGGCCAAAAAAUGGACUUCGCAGGCUUUAUGGACGCCAUCUCGCCCCUGCUCUGCGCGACGGAGCCCACGCAGGAGAGCGUAAGGAGAGCCUGGCGGCUGCUGGAUGAGAACCGCAAGGGCCACAUCGACAUCGAGGACCUGACCCGUGCCGUGCGCGGCUUCGGCCUGGAGCUCUCGGUGGAAGAGCUCCGCGACAUGGUCAGCUACUGCGACAGGAACGGCAGCGGCGAGAUCACCUUCGACGAGUUCUAUCAGAUGCUAUCCCGCCACUGACGGGCUCGAAUCGGGC